AUGGCUAACGCUAGCGGAGCCAUUCCCACAUCUCAUUUUCUAAGAGUUAAGAAACUCUCCGACAAAGCUGUUAUACCUUCCAGAGGCUCCCCUCUCUCCGCCGGAUACGAUCUUUCCAGUGCUGUCGAUACUAAGGUUCCGGCCCGAGGAAAAGCUCUGAUACCCACCGAUCUCUCCGUCGCUGUCCCGGAAGGAACCUAUGCCCGCGUUGCGCCGAGAUCGGGUUUGACAUGGAAGCAUUCGAUUGAUGUUGGUGCGGGAGUUAUUGAUGCGGAUUAUAGGGGCCCGGUUGGAGUUAUACUGUUCAACCAUUCUGAUGUUGAUUUUGAAGUGAAGGUCGGUGAUAGGGUUGCUCAGUUGAUUAUUGAGAAGAUUAUUACUCCUGAGGUUUCUGAGGUUCAGGAUUUGGAUUCUACUGUUAGAGGGGAAGGUGGUUUUGGAUCUACUGGGGUUUGA